AGCCACCACCAAAACUCGUGGCUGGCGGAGGGUACCCGUACCAAAGUUAUAAAGCGAACCGGCUACGCUGGCAAGCAGCGCUGAUACCUUGCGACGUGAACGACGUGCACGACGGUGUCCGCUUUCGUGAAAAGAGAGAGAAAGAGAGAGGAGAGAGAGAUAGAGAGGACACUUGUCGACGAUCACCUCGCGCGGUGUCAUCCUCCGAAGUACACGGGCCAUGUCAGUUUGGCAACGAUAAACACUCGCGGGUGCGGCUACGAUAUACCCGGACGAUCCCUCGGAACGUCUUCGCCACUUCGUUCGCACACGUUUGUCAUACCGGGGAUCCGAGGAUCCGUGAUUUGAGGUACAUCCGAUUGAAGAAGCGUGUCAAGCGAUGGCGGGGUUCAUGAAUUCGACAGCUCAAUUUAUCAACGAUGCAUACGAUUACUACCUCUGGACAUUGUCCCUCGCAGACGAGAGGACGAGAGGAUGGUUACUGGUUGACUCGCCAAAACCAACGUUAAUAUAUACGAUGUUAUAUCUGCUCAUCGUUUGGGCGGGUCCUAAGGUCAUGAGGAAGCGAAAAGCUUUUAAAUUAACAUGGGCGCUGGUGCCCUACAAUCUUGCCAUGGCCUGUCUUAAUGCUUAUAUUUCCAUUCAGUUGCUUCUAGCCUCAACAAGAUUACGAUAUAGUUACGUAUGCCAGCCAAUAAGGCACAUUACGCGUCCCGACGAGCUUCAGAUUGCUCACGCGGUUUGGUGGUACUACUUUAGCAAGCUUCUGGAAUUCUGCGACACAUUCUUCUUCAUUUUGCGGAAGAAAGACAAUCAGUUGAGCUUCCUCCACGUCUAUCAUCACUCCACCAUGUUCUCGUUAUGGUGGAUCGGCAUCAAAUGGGUGCCGAGUGGAUCGACUUUCCUGCCAGCGAUGGUGAAUAGCUUCAUCCACGUUCUGAUGUACUCGUAUUACGGACUCGCGGCGUUAGGGCCCUCCGUAGCCAAGUAUCUCUGGUGGAAGAAGUACUUGACGAUCCUCCAGCUCAUUCAGUUCACGACCGCUUUGGUUCUGGGUAUCAAUGGCAUCCGAUCGGGAUGCGACUUCCCGCUCUGGAUGCAGUACGCUCUCGUUAUAUACAUGGUCUCCUUCAUCGUUCUGUUCGGAAACUUCUACGCCAAAGCCUACAUCGCGAAGGGUAAACAAGUGUACGCGGAGAAACGGCUGGAGAGGAUAAAGGCCAAGGAAGCGCAAAUGAAGGCGCAGCUCGACAACGCGGUUAGCAACGGAAUCGUCGCGAACGGACAUACGAACGGCUACACGAACGGAGUGUCCCAGAAGAAGACCCAAUGAAGCGACUCUCCUCUCGAGAGUCUCUCAUCGAUAGCCCGAUGUAUAUGGCGCUCGCUUGACACGAUGAUAAGAGAAAAUAGUCACGGACAUUAUAUUAUAGUAAACGUCGAAACGGCGUCGAACGGUGCGUCGCGAUCGAUGGCGACGGUGCGCGUCGAGGGAAUACUUUAACGAGGGAAUACUUUAAAAAAAAAAGAAAAAAAUGAAAAAGGACACAGGGAUUAAAAUCUAGAUUCUGCUUGGAUUCGCGUAUUGUUGUUGAGUUUGUGCCUGUCGAGGCGAAUUAGUGACGUGAUCCCGAAACUUGUCGAUCCGCGCGACGAUUCUCCUCUCAUCAGCUCGACAACUGUACGCAUUCGCGAUACCACGCUGAUAUCAGCAAUUGUACAUAUUAAGGAAUAUAAACACCGGAAGCAGUCUAUGACCGAGUGCGAUUCGCGCGAUAGGCCUGCAGGGCCUGAAUUCGCGUACUUCGGGAUCUGAUGCGGUGGGGCUAAUUAAAGUUCCUGGAACUUUAACGAAACCGAAAUAAAUAUAUCAAAAUAUCGUCAAAAGGGAAACAAUCUUCUUUCAAGAGUAGAUAUAUAAAAAAAUAUUUUGUUUCUUCAUAACAAAAUAUAAGAUUAUUUAUAAGGAUAAUAUAAUAUUAUUUAUAAGAUUCUCUGAACAAAUGUAACGGAAAAGGAAUAUGUAGAUAAAGAUAGAUAAACAGAUCGUGGAUCCGACCCUGCAGGUCUAUUUAUUCAAAUUGGAUGGAUGCAAAAAAAAAAAAUUCUAACGAAAUAAGUAAACAAAUGAAAAAAUUUGUACUAAAAGGUUGUCUUUUUCAUUGUCUGUUUCGUUCUUUUUGGUGUGGAAAAUUGCAAUUACAUUUAUAAAAAGAAACAAAAGUUCGAAAUUUAGUACAAUACGUCAAUUUAUGAAAUUUUUAUAAUGAAAUAUAUAUCUGCGUGCAUUUGGAAAAUUGGUGCAAUUAAAAAUAUCGUAGGCGUCAUUUCGCCGUGUUAACCUUGUAUAAAUUAGUGUUAAUGAGUUAUAAUCCAGAAAGCCUAUAACGCGUGCGCGUAAUUAACUUUUAAUAAAUUCACUUUAAUUAAUGGAGAGAUCCGUGAGAUUUGUCCUUUUGUUAAACGAUUACAUAUAUUUGCACGUAAUAUUGUCGAUAGACUUCUAUUCGUUUCCAAAUGACGUAUUUAAGCGACAAACAAAAGUUAGUUCGAUUAGUUAGACGAAAAUUUUUAUACCAACAUUUUUCUACAACAAAUAAUCCAGGUGUGUGCGUACAAAUAACGCGUUUUCGGCGCAGUUAGAAUUACGACAGUAAUGAAAAAUCAUAGUAAAAAAAAGUAGAAAACGUCCAUCAUCUACUAUACGUGUAAAAUCACGAAUGUACUUUUCACCAAAAGUUACGAAUUAUGAUUUGUCAAAAUUCACAAAUUCAGAGCGAGUACUUUUAAUAAAUGACAAGAUGAUCAUUUGCAACGACAAAUGCUGAUUAUUUGCGAAUCGUGUAUUUUCUUCUAAUAUAUUCCUGAAUUUCUCUUAGGUAAUUAUAUUAUUGUUCAUAUGUUUAUCAUUAUUAUGUUAUAACGAAUGACGCAAUUGUUAUAUAAAUUGCAUUGCUGCGCAAUGCUUGAAAGAAUGAAAUGCAUUAUUAUGUUAAUUC